UUAUUCUGAAAAUAUAUGUUCCAGAAAACCAUGUAGGCGCGGCUGACCCGGGUACAGAUCCAGUUCAAUCCUUCAAUCACUUCUCGAUAACUUUUCACAAAGUCCGAAAACAGGUUAUUGUUUUUGUGAAACCCAUUGCAACGACGUGAUGGCAUCCGGUGACGACGUGCGUGAAAAUGUGAAGAAAUACUAUGGCAGUCUGCUGAAGUCCACCUGUGAUUUGAAAACAAGUGCGUCCGCCUGCAGCUUGUCCUACCGCCCUGUGCAAAGUGUCUCAGAUGCAUUGAGCCUGGUUCAUCCGGAAGUAACCGAAAAAUUCUUCGGUUGUGGUAUUCCCUUUCCAGCAAAGCUUGAAGGCUGCAAGGUCCUGGACCUCGGCAGUGGCUCUGGCAGAGACUGUUAUGCCUUCAGUAAACUUGUUGGGUCGAGCGGACACGUCACAGGGCUCGAUAUGACAGAGGAGCUGAUCAGAACUUCUUGUCAGUACAUUGAGUAUCAUCAGGAGAAGUUUGGCUAUAAAGAGCCCAACGUCACGUUUGUCCAGGGUUACAUGGAGAAGCUGAGCGAGGCCGGCAUACAAAAUGACUCAAUGGAUGUUGUGCUAUCCAACUGUGUCAUCUGUUUGUGUGCUGAUAAAAGAGCUGUGCUGCAGCAGGCCUACAAUGUCCUGAAGGACGGAGGUGAGCUCUACUUUAGUGACAUGUACGCCAGCAAAGUCCUUCCUGAUCACAUGAAGCAAGAUGCAGUCCUGUGGAGUGAGGGGAUGGGCGGCUCUCAGUUUUGGCUUGACUUUAUUUUACUGGCCCAAAGCGUCGGCUUCAGCACUCCACACCUUGUUUCAGCAAGCAACAUUGUGAUCUACAGCAAUGAGCUAAAAGAAAAAACAGGAGACAUCAAGUAUGCCUCUGUCACUUACCGACUCUUUAAGCUGCCCAAAACUCCAGUCCUGUCUGCAGCGACAGUGACCUAUAAAGGGACUGUGGCAGAUUUCCCAGAUCAGCUGGUCUUUGACUCCUGCCACAGCUUCAAGAAAGGUGUGGCAGUAGAGAUACAUGGAGAGAUGGCAGCAAUCCUCCAGAAUUCCCGUUUCAAUCCGGAUUUCCAAAUCCAGAUAUCAGAUAAACCAGCUCCAGUCUGCUCAGCUUCGACAAAGCAGUAUUGCCACCUUGAUCCAUUUCGUCUGGCUGACAGUAUGGGAUCCUCUGUGAUACAAUGCUCCAAAACAGGCAAAUGAAGCUCAAACUGAAUCCUGAGGGAAAUGUUUUGAAGACAGAGGAUGUUAAUAGAACUGAAAUAAACCCAGACUGAAUGCUCCAGA